AUGGAAAAUUUGAGCCCGAGGCAACUGGCUGUAAAGCAGCUAAAGCAAAGGUACCUGGAGGCCUUACGGACCAACAAUGCCCAGGAGGUCCUCUGGAUCCUCCACACCAACAAACUCGAUAUUGACACUGUGCUGGAGGUGGAGGACCCCAGCAUGGUCCUGGCCUCUUAUAAACAAGGGUAUUGGCUGCCAGGCUACAAACUAGAGAAGUCCUGGGCAACGGGUCUUCACAUUUGUGUGAUGUCCAACGCAGUGGAAACUGCACUGGUACUCCUUCAGGAAGGUGCCGCCAUCAACCCUAUGCCCAACGGGAAGACGCCGCUGCAUGUGGCCUGCGAGGUGUCCAAUGCCGAUUGUGUGGGUCUGCUUUUAGACCACGGUGCAAAGGUCAACAGCCUGUCCCUGAGCGGACACGCACCACUGCACUACUGUAUCACCCAAGGCUCUGUCGACUGUGCCAAGUUGCUCAUCCUCAAAGGUGCGAAGGUGAGCAUACCCAGUCACAACAAUGAGGAGGACACAGCGUUACACACUGCAGCAAGAUUUGGGGUUCCGGAACUGGUGGCACUCUAUUUGGCCCAUGGAGCCCCUGUGGAUUCAGGCAAUUCUUUCCACGAGACCCCCCUGAUGACUGCCGCCUUUUGGGCUUUUGACACCAAAGAGCAAACCUACAGCCAAGAUCACCAUCUUGUCUGCCGCCUCCUGUUGGACCACAAAGCAGAUGUCAACCUUCAAGAGGAGGACAAUAAAACCGCUCUUCACAAGGCUGCCUGGAACUGUGAUCACAUCCUGAUGCAGAUGUUGCUGAAAGCCGGAGCGGACACGCGAGCAAUGGACAUUAACGGCUGUUCUCCCAUCCAGUAUCUCCUCAAAGUGACCGAUGUGAGGCACACAGCCUUACAUGAAAUCUGCUAUCAGCUCCUGCUGAACUACAAUGCGCCCAGGAUCUACCCACCCCAAUUUCACAAGGUAUUGCAGUCCUGCCACGACUACCCUAAAGUUGUAGAGAUCAUGGUCAACUCGUACGAACAUUUAAAGCCGACUAGCAAGUGGAGGACUGCUAUUCCGGAUGACUGCUACAAGCUUGCUGCACCUGACCAGAUGUGUUAUCAGAGGCAGUAUGGAUGGCUCCUGUGA